AUGGCGUCCGAGGCCAAAUAUCGUGAUUUCUUAAAUGAUGAGACAGAAAAAAUAAAAUCUGCAUUAACAAAAGACGAAUCACGUAAAAGAGAACAUUCGAUUGUGGCUGCCAUUGAUUUUGGUACAACGUAUACGGGAUAUGCAUUUGUUCCUAAACAUGAUGCACUGAAUCUUAUUCAGAUGAGUAUGUUUGGUAGCAAAUCUGUACAGUCGGUUAAGGCACCUACAACCGUAUUGCUGGACAAAGAAAAGAAAUGUGUUGCAUUUGGUUACGAAGCCUUGGAAAAAUACGAGAACAUUUGCGAAGACGGAAAGUCAAACGAUUAUUACUUCUUUGAAAAGUUUAAAAUGGCAUUGUACAAAACAAAGAAGCUCGAACGAGAAACAAUGCUGAAAGAUAAGGCGGGGAACGAAGUUGAGGCAAUACACAUAUUUGAAGAAGUGAUCAAAUAUCUAACAGAACGUGUAUAUGAUACACUUGGCAAGCGAAUAACAGGAAUUUCUUCAGAUGACGUUUUCUGGGUAAUCACCGUACCUGCUAUCUGGUCAGACGCCGCGAAGCAGUUCAUGAGAGAAGCUGCCAAUAAGGCUGGUAUUGAGAACACAAAUCUGCAUUUGAUACUGGAACCAGAAGCAGCAUCGUUAUAUUGCCGAGGCCAGAAUACAUGCAGAGUAGUAAAGGUAGAUGGAAGUGUACAACUGGAGACAUUGCCCGUUGGUCAGAAGUACAUUGUGGCUGACCUUGGAGGGGGAACAGCUGACAUUGCUGUCCAUGAAAUUUUAGAAGAUAACAAUUUGAAGGAGAUUUCAAGAUCGGAUGGGGAUGCUUAUGGUGGAAUGCAAGUUGAUGAGGCGUUCAUGCAGUUCCUGACAAAUGUGUACGGGACUGAGAUAAUGUCAAAGUAUAUUGCGGAUACCGCGUCAAUUCUUGAACUUCGAAAGGAUUUUGAAGCGAAGAAAAGGAACUUUAUGUAUGGCAGCACCGAUUGGAUAAGAUUUAACAUGUCAUAUAUAGGUGAUUUAAUUGCUGAAACAGCUGGCACAGAUAUUUCAACAAUCCACAGACGUGCACAUUCGAAAUUUGGAGAUAAAAUCGAAUUUAAUUCGAAAAAUAAACUUUCAAUUCAUCCAGAUGUAAUGAAAGGAUUUUUUGAUUCAGCACUAGAUGGGAUCAUUACAUUUAUACAAAAACUGCGACAUGGCAAUGAUUUGGAAGUAAUAAACACAGUUCUCCUUGUCGGAGGUCUUGCCGAAGUCGAUUAUAUUCAACAUACAAUACAACAUAAGAUCAAAGGCACGCGCGUUAUUGUUCCGCCUGACCCUGCACUGGCAGUACUUAAAGGUGCUGUAAUAUUUGCACAGAAUCCAAAGGCUAUAACUGAAAGAAUCGCUCGAUUUUCGUAUGGAUUUUCCGUGGCGAGAAAAUUUGAAGAGAAGAAAGAUCCAGAAAAUUUGAAAGUGGUGCAAAAUGACGAUGUGUUGUGUAUGAAAGUCUUUGACAGGUUGAUUUCGAAAGGGGAAUCUGUUAAAAAUGGAACUAUUCGGUUAUCAUUAGUAUGCAAGGAGGUUAACUGCGACAACUUUUUUUCCAUGCUGUUGUCUUCCGUCCUUCCAGUUAUGUCAGAGGUGUACAGGUCCGAAAACAAAGACCCCAAAUACACAGCCACGGAACAAGGCACCGAGUGCAUUGGCAGAAUUGUCAUGAUGCCCCCACCUGGAGGAUGGCCCCCGAUGGCCAUCAUAGCACAAGGCCUUAUUGUUGGAGAAAGCGAGCUAAGAGCUUUUGCAAAGGACAUUCAGUCAAACAAAGUGGUUGAGGCGCGUUUGGAUUGCCUGUAA